UCCAUGGCCCACGCAUUCUUGAUCCACAAUGUCCGCUGCCGGCCGGGGCAGGAGGCCGGGCCCUGCCGAGUGCUCUACUCCAGGGUCUUCAGUCCCGAAAGGCUGGACGAGGGCGGAUGCAAGGACGCUGAGAAGGAGCGGCUACGCAGGAAGGAGCAGAUCCUGGCUGUAGCAAGGCAAGCGGAGUCGGCGUGCAGAUUGUACCACCAGGCCUCGGGGAAGCCCCCCUCCGAACACCUCAUCCAGCUGCCGGACGAGUCCGUCUCCCUGCAGGACGCUCCCUCGGGGGUCUUCCGUCUCCCGCCGGGGGACCCCUUCUGCGAGGAGAAGACCGUGCUCUGGCUGGCCGUCCAGUCCCUGGGCUUCUCUCUGGUCUGCGACCCCCACGAGAACCCGAUGCUGGCGGAGAGCACCCUGCGGCUGCUGGCCAAGGAGCUCCUGGACCACCUCAAGCUGCUCGGCGCCGGGAGCGACGUGGUGCUCAAGGGCGACAAGACCGAGGCCAUCCUCGGCAAGUUCCUGCCGCACGGCCAGCUGCGCUUCCUGAACGACCAGUUUGUGCUCAGCCUGGAGAGGGAGGCGGCCGCCUCUCUCGGCAAAUAGGAGGGCUGGGACCGGACGGACGGGAAAGGGAGAUGUUUCUCUAGGUCC